GACAACAGCUGAAUCACGCGGAGUGGUGGCAGUGCACAGAGAGAGCGGUGGUGUCCGAAUCCUUCCCUGGGAACGGGACUUAUUGUGUCCACAUCGAGGAAAGGGGCUGGGCAGAAGGAAUACUUAACAGGGCAGCAGAUACAAUGCCCCCACACUUUCUCCUGCAGUCCAGGCAGACCCUGAUGUUUAAGUGUUUGGGGAGAGGAGCCCGCUCCUGGGCAGUCGGCGCAGCUGUCAGGGAAGGAGCUUGCACCGCCAGAGGGGAUCACAACAGCCGGCGAGCCCGCACCCUGACACCGGGCUAUGCAGUCACGGACAGAUGGUCGGAAGCUCGCUUCGGUGCAUUGAGAGGACUGUGCACGACAGUUUGCAGAAACGGAACAAGUGGGAAUGAAGUCAGAAGAUCUGAGAGCGGUGAUUGUAAAAAGCUCAACAAAUCCCAGCAGCUGAAACAAGUCUUCAAAGAAUACGGAGCUGUAGGAGUGGUAUUUCACACUGGGAUAUCACUGGCUUCACUUGGCAUCUUCUAUCUAGCUGUUUCAAGUGGUGUGGAUAUGACUGCAAUCCUUUACAAGAUGGGAUUUAACGAAACAGUGGUGCAGUCCAGGAUGGCAGCUGGUACCAGUACCUUUGUAAUAGCAUAUGCUGUUCACAAAGUCUUUGCCCCACUACGGAUAAGCAUUACUUUGGUUUCUGUGCCUCUUAUUGUGAGGUACUUUCGCAAAAUGGGGCUUUUUAAAACUUAUCCAUCAAAACCAUGAAGAAGUACUAAGGAUCCUCCUUUAAGAACCCAAGGAGAGAGAUGAAAUAUGAGUACAGUACAGUGAAACCUGAGAGCUGCUGGUUGAUUGAAGCUUGCUGGCAUUAAAUGCUGAAAUUGUCUUAAUUUCCACACGGUGCAGAAGGUGCUUUGCAGCAGAACAGUAUGCCUAACUUCCAGCAGCAGCUGGAUAAAUUUAUUCCUAUUGACAUUUUUUUUGUGCUGCAAUUUUCAGAUUAUGCUCACAGGGCAAUAUGGUUUGAGAGCCUAUUUUUAAAGUUAAACAAAAGACACUGUAAUGAUUACAAAUGGCAAAAAGAUAAUCUUAAUGGAGAGAACCAAAUUGCUUGCUUUGUCAUGAUUCUUGAAAGCUAAGGAAAUCACAUUUUGUUGGGCAUGUCAAUUAUAACUUUUUAAUUCAUAUUUAUUCACAUACGCACUAAUUGGGGUUAGUUAAUACAAAACCAUAUUACUCAUUUGUCCAAUAGUAGUUUAUCUACUCAAGUACCUCUUACUGAUGAGCCAAGUUCAUGGUAAACAUGCAUUUGGACAAAUGGUUGUGGCUUUUCCUCGUAAUUUUCCUACAGCAAGUUGUUCAUGUAUCUAUGGUACUUAAGGGAAAUUAAAUGAAGUGGUGUAAUUUUCUGAAUAUCAGGAUAUCUAGAUGUGUCAGGCUGUUUAAAAUUCCCAGUUAUGUAUGGGCAAAAUUAUGUUUGUUGGGUCAAAAUACUAGGGAGCAUGGGGGAAAUUAAAAAUCUAAUGUUCUCUAUAGUGUUAUCUAGAGAUAUACAGUAUAAUCAUGUUCAAUAACCUUUGAUUCCAAAAAAAUAAUGAAGGGUUAAAUGCUGCUGCUAGCAUGAGCAAGCUUUGUACCAUGUCAUAGUUUGAUUACAUUACAGCUUUCUGUUUCUUAAAUGCUCCAAGGAGAAUUUUCCGGAAAAGAUUCAGCUCUCCGAUGCAAACAAACUUGAGUAAAUAAGUUACUUCCUUUCUGUUCAGCUUUGGCAUAAUGGCACUCUUUGUAAUUCCAUUGUAGGGCAGGUUAAAUAUGAGAAGUUAAUUUUAAAGUUCAAUCACAAUGCCAAAUGAGAAUGCAGUUGGGCAAAAUAUGAAAUCUUGGAGUACUACAUAGUAAAGCGCCAAUUGAAAUAAAUACAUUUCCAUGACGAAUCCACACAGGCUCCUCACCCAGGUUCCUGUAUAUGCAUCUGUUUUGAUUUUUUGAAUAAUCUGAAAGAUCUGUAGAUGAUUGAGAUUUGUCAGAAAACUGUAGAUGACUUAUGGAAUUGUGUGUACAGAAUGAGUUAAAUUAGCAUAACUGAAAAUGAUGUUUUAUGUAAUUGUUAACAUUAAUUAGUUUCACCACAAUUUGGUGGUCUGGAAAAGAUUUAAUAUGUUACAAAUUUCUGACCCAUAUGCACAUUUUACUACUGUAUAUUUGUUUAUCCAUUGAUGUAGGAGAGCAACUGAUUCGUUUUAUAAAUCAGUACCAAAAAUAAAAUCAAACA